AUGAACUGGACAGCUGCCACGUGCUGGGCACUGCUGUUGGCCGCAGCUUUCCUCUGUGACAGCAGCACCGCCAAGGGUGGUCGGGGUGGGGCACGGGGCAGUGCACGGGGUGGGCUGCGUGGUGGAGCCCGCGGGGCCACAAGGGUGCGCGUGAAGCCAGCGCCCCGAUACAGCUCUUCCCUGCGAGUGGCGGCAGCAGGGGCAGCAGCCGGAGCAGCGGCCGGGGCAGCGGCAGGCCUGGCAGCGGGGGCAGGCUGGCAAGCUGCAGGGCCCAGACAGCGAGGCCCCAGGGACGGCGAGGACUGGGCACCAGGCGGCAACGACACUGGCUUCUACAGUUACCGGGCGUGGACUUCAGGCGAUCAACUUGUGCACUCUGGCCCCCACCUCUGCCUACUACUGGGUAGCAUCUUUGGUGCCCUGGCAUGGCUGCAACCCUAG